AUGAAGCAAUAUUCUAUUCAAGAACGGGUGGAUAUGAUUCUCAUCAUAGGUGAAUGUAACGAAAACUGUUUUUUAACGGCAAGAGCUUAUGCCCAAAAGUACCCAAAUAGGGAUCGACCAGAUAAGAGAACUCUAGAACGAAUUUUAGAUCGGUUUCGUACAACAGGUAGUGUUGCAUAUUCAAAACAAACUCCGAAUAAACCUGUCAUUGACCAUGAAGAAAACGAAUUUAAUGUAUUAGCUUCAAUAGCAGAGGAUGCUAACACUAGCGGUAGAAAAAUUUCAAAUCAAAUAGACAUACCCAGAACCAGUGAUCACGACAAUGAUCCUAAUAUAAAAACUCAUUUGUCUCAAAAACAUGAAGCUUUUAGUAUUGCUUAUUAUUUUAAAUCUUCUUAUAAUUCCUUAUCAUACUAUAAAUCAUUUACCGGUCACGAUUGUCAAGUGUGGUUUGUAAGAGAACUUGAACAGAUAGCCAAGAGAAUAACUAGAGAAAAUUUAUUUCAAAAAUUUAAAAAGUUGAAUCCAUUAACUGAUAAGGAAAGACAUGAUUUUACUUGUAGUUUUGUUUGUCAUAUUUGCACUAAACCUAUAGUUGAUCCAUUGGAUAAAGUUAGAGAUCAUUGUCAUAUUACAGGGAAAUUUCGAGGGGCUGCUCAUAGAUCUUGUAAUAAUCAAAAUUCUCAUACAAUUCCUAUCGUAUUUCAUAAUCUCUCUGGUUAUAACGCGCAUUUUUUAAUUAAAAGCCUUAAUACUCACAUUAAAGGGAAUAUAUCACUGCUUCCUUUAAACAAAGAGAGAUUUAUGUCUGAUUCAUUAGAUAAACUUUCCUAUAAUCUAGAUGAUGAUCAAAAACACAUAACGAGACAGUACUUUGACAAUGAGUUUAAAUUUAAUCUAGUUAAAAGAAAAGGCGUUUUCCCAUAUGAAUACCUAGAUAAUUGGGAAAAGUUGCAAGAUACUUGCUUGCCACCUAUUGAUAGUUUCUUUAGUACAAUUAAUAAUGAGGGAAUAACUCAUGAGGAGUAUAAACAAGCAUGUACUGUUUGGAACACAUUUGAGAUAAAAACAUUGAAAGAGUACGCCGAAUUAUAUUUAAAAAGUGAUGUAUUACUUUUAAGUGAUAUUUUUGAAAACUUUAGACUGAUGUGUUUAAAAACAUACGGGUUAGAUAGUUUGCAUUAUUUUACUUUACCAGGGUUAGCGUUUGAUGCCAUGUUAAAAGUAACAAAUGUAGAAUUAGAACUUUUAACAGAUAUUGAAAUGAUUUUGUUCUUUGAAAAGGCAAAACGAGGAGUGUCACAAUGUAGUAAUAGAUAUGCAGAAGCCAACAAUAAAUACAUGGUGGAUACAUAUAAUCCUAAUAUGGAUUUAAAUGAAUAUUUAAUAAUAAAUGUUGAAGCCCCAGAACCAGAGUGUUUUAAGUGGAACCACACCAAUACUCUCCACUUAAUUAACCUGUAUAAGAAGUACCGAAAACUGGUAGGGACUUCCCAAGUAAAAAGUUUUAAAAAGCUUUUUGAAGUUAUUGUCAGUGAAUUGAGAAAGGUAACUGAAAUAAAUAUUAUAACAGCAGCACAUUGCGAGAAUAAGUGGAGAGUAUUGGAAAGAAGCUAUAAGAAGUAUGUGGACCACAAUAACCAGACAGGACGAGGAAGGAGGGAUUUCGAAUAUGCCAAUGCCCUAGAGGAAAUCUUGGGCAAAAAGAAAAAUAUUGUUCCGGAAAUUCUCCUUAAUACAGAGACUAUAGAUUACCAUCAAGUCGAACCAAAACCAUCUUGUUCUAGAACUGCAGAGACUUCACAGAGUGAAAUGAGUAGUAGCCAAGUCAAACAAACCAAUAAAAAUAAAACCCUUAGGGCAAGUAUAUUAAAAGAAACAAGAAAAGAUAGGCAGGAGUACUAUAAAAAAAAAUUAAACAUAGAAGAAAGGAUGUUGGAAGCAAAAAUAGAAAAAUGGAAGGAGAUAGUUAAGGCAAAAAAUGAAAAAAACCAAAUUUUGCGGGAGAAGAACGAGCUUCUUAAAAUUUUAAUAGAUCAAAAUAAAAGUAGUAAUAAAGGUGUUGGUGAAGAAGAGCAUCAAACUGAAGAACAGGACAAGACAUAUGAAAAUAUUGAGGAAGUUGAUGCAGAGUCAGUUGUAAAUAUACCCCAGCCAAGUACAUCAGGUGUCUGUAUAGAACCAGCUAAAUUUCAGAAGAUGAAUAUCAAUCAAGAUCGACGUAGGAAAACACGGGCAGCUGAAAUAUUAGGAUUGGCUUUGAAACUUGAUGAAAACAUUCCUUAUGGCUGCACAAGUGAGUCUACUACUAGCGUUAUUAUUUCUGAAGGUUUAGAGCCCACAAGAUCACAAUCUAAAAAUCUGAGCCAAGACGAACACUGUGUAAACUUAAUUCAUGAAACUACGACAUUGAUCCACAGUGUACUGUUACCAGAUGGAAGUUCCUACAUUCCGGAGACAAAUGAAAAUAUUACUCCUCCUAUUAGUACAAGCCAACAAGUUGGUAGUCUUGCCUUGUCUGACAAUCAAGAAAGUAAUCGUUCCUAUCAAAAUGUGUUUUCCUCCAACAAUUUAGAAGACUCCCACUUCCAACAGUUAAACGAGGAACUUCAUACUGAAAAUGUAAUUACAGAGAGAGCAUCGACUCCAAGUACAUCUUCAGCUCACGAUUUUUCACCCAGUGAAAGUUCCUAUAACCCAGAGUCUGAUUCAUCGGAGACUGAGAGCGAAGAUAGGGUGUCUGAAGAAAAUAGUGUGCCGGAUUCUGAGCUGGUGCCAAGACAGGUUUAUUUCGGAGAAAUCAAUGAAGAACGAAAAAGAAAAAUUAAACCAGAUACUGCUACGAGUUCAACAGAAUUGGAAACUACAGAGCACUCCCCGCAACAUAAGGGCGAUUCCGGUGAUAUUUGGGCAUUUUUCGAUUCUAAAAUGGAAAAAGUAGAAAAUAGCACUUCUAAAACUAGUUCAGCUUUUGUUACUAUCAAGCAGUAUCUACAGCUGCCAUACUUAAAAAGAUUGGAUAAUCCACUGGAGUUUUGGAAAAAACAUAAAAUCAUAUUUCCAGAACUGUACGAGCUAGCUUUAAAAUAUCUUUGUAUACCAGCUACUUCAGUUCCAUCGGAAAGGGUAUUUUGA